CAUGCGUCUCGUUCACAUCCUCGGGCUCCUCGCCUCCAGCGUCACGGCGUGUACCGUCAUCGUCGCCGGGAAAGGCGCAACCGUCGACGGCUCCGUGCUUGUCUCCCACACCGAGGACACGGGGUUCGGUGCGAUCGACCUGCGUAUCGUGCGCGUGCCGGCCAUGGAGCACGCCGCUGGCGCCAGCCGCAGCGUGUUUGCUUCGUCGCGCCCGGGCUACCCUCGCUUUGUCACGAACGACCGCGGCCCUCACUACGCACCGGUGGACGGCCAGAGCCUCACGACGCACGUCGGCGCCGUGCCCCACGUCAACAAGACGUACGCGUACUUUGACAUUGACUACGCGCUCAUCAACGAGGUGCAACUGAGCAUGGGCGAGAGCACAUGCGCGGCCAAAACGGUCGGCUGGGCCCUCGGCCAGCCCGGCGGCUACAACCUCUUUACCAUCAACGAGCUCACCAAGAUCGCGCUCGAGCGCUGCGACAGCGCACGCUGCGCCGUCCAGACCAUGGGCGACCUCGCAGUGGCCCACGGCUUUUACAACGACUUCAACGGCAACCUCACGCACCCCGCGUUCAUGAGCUCGGGCGAGUCCGUUGCGGUGGGCGACAAGUACGGCGAGGUCUGGCUCUUCCACGUGCUCACGGGCCCGAAGAACGCGAGCGCGGUCUGGGCCGCCCAGCGAGUGCCUGACGACCACGUUGCUGCGAUCGCCAAUGGCUUUGUGAUUCGGCAAAUGGACUUGAGCGACCGGACGAAUUACCUUGCCUCGGAGAACGUCCACUCGUUCGCAAAAGAGAUGGGCUGGUGGCACCCCAAGCACGGGCCGUUUGACUUUACGGCAGCUUACGGCUACGAGAAGCCGUCGAGUCCGCUGCUUCCGUUGUACGUCGGCCGCCGCCUCUGGCGCAUCUUUGACGUCUUUGCGCCGUCCUUGCAGCUCGAGCCCGAGCUCGCGUACCACCCGACGCUGCCAACGUACCCGCUCUCCGUGCGCCCGGACAAGAAGAUCUCGGCCAAAGACGUCAUGACGCUGCUGCGGGACCAUUACGAGGGCACGCCGUUCGACCUCACGCAGGGUCUGGACGCUGGCCCGUUUGGGAACCCGAACCGCAACGGCGGCGCGACGUACAACAUUGAAGGCGGCUGGGAGCGCGCCAUCUCGCUCGACCGGACCAUCUUCAGCUUUGUGCACCAGGUGCGCGGCGACCUCCCGGACGCGAUCGGCGGCGUCACGUGGUUUGGGCUCUCGGCGCCCCACGGCACGGUCUUCGUCCCCUUCUCGUGCGCGCAGUCCACCGUGCCCAACUCGUUUCUGCAGAGUCGCCAGAGCACCUUUAGCACCGACUCUGCGUGGUGGGCGUUCCAGUUUGUCAACAACUGGAUGCAGCUGCGCUUUAACGUCAUCUACCCCGAGGUACUCGAGAAGAUCAACGUGUACCAAGACGCCGCCUUCGACAUGUACGCGGCCGCCGCCGCGCACGCCGCGACGUUGCAGUCGCCAGCCGAGAUGGCAGCGUACCUCGAGACCAAGACGAACGCGUUUGCAGACGACGUUGUCGCGACGUGGUGGCAGCUCGCGUGGCACCUCGUGAGCAAGUACAACGGCGGCGCCAUCACGGUCGGCGAAGACCCGACGAGUCAAGUGUCGUCGCCGUACCCCAAGUGGUGGAUCGAGACGUCGUCCUUUGCGUCGUGGCCGGGGACCUCAUACAUUCUCAUCUCGGACCUCCGCACGAAGCUCUCGAUCCAGCUCAGUGCAAGCAGCGAGCACAACGCUGCGGGUGGCGCCGCGAUCUAUGGCCUCGUGGGUAUAAGUGCGCUCGGCAUGAGCGUCCUCGGCUUCAUCUGGUACCGGCGACUGCACAUGCGCCGCCGUAUUUACCGCGCGCUCGAUUGAACGACUUGCUAAUCCGAUAUUUUUGACUUGAUGAAGACGAGGGUUGUUAACUCU